AUGUCUUCCCUUAGUUGUGCCGGACUGAGACCAGUGCACACUAUAUUGUGUGCGGUUAUUUGCGGCAACACUGCACAUCAGAACAACAGUUUUCUUUUCCGGUUUGCCUGUGGAUUACGCGAGACGUCUGCCACAGGCGCUUUCCAAGAUGGAGUAUGGCAGUACCGUCAAUUGACUCGCAUGCAUCGUGCCCCUAGGCCUACAAGGCCCGACAAGGCGCGAAGAUUAGGAUACAGGGCUAAGCAAGGCUUUGUAGUCUUCAGGAUUCGAGUGCGUCGUGGUGGCCGCAAACGCCCAGUGCCCAAGGGUGCCACUUAUGGUAAGCCCAAGAGCCAGGGUGUCAACCAGCUGAAGCCUACACGCAAUCUGCAGUCUAUUGCUGAGGAACGUGUUGGUCGUCGUUGUGGCGGUCUCCGUGUACUCAACUCUUACUGGGUGGCACAAGACUCUUCUUACAAAUACUUUGAAGUCAUUUUGAUUGACCCCUCACACAAGGCUAUCCGCCGAGACCCUAAAAUCAACUGGAUCGUGAAUGCUGUACAUAAGCAUCGUGAGAUGCGUGGUCUGACAUCUGCCGGCCGUAGCUCACGUGGUCUUGGCAAGGGUCACCGUUUCUCACAAACCAAGGGAGGCUCACGUCGCGCUGCUUGGAUCCAAAGCCAGUGCCAAAUAAAUAUAAUAAUUACAAUAUUGUUAAUAAUUUAUAUAUUAAUACCUUUUAAUCCACCUGUAAAUUCUAUACAAGAUAACACUGUUGAAAAGUCUAAUUCUGAACAGUGUCACUCCAGCUUCACUGCAACUCCAAUUUUAUUAUAUCACAUGAUAUCGGUACCAGAUAGCGCAUACCUCCGCAUCCUCCACCAUCCACUAUGUGAAUACCUAAAUCUAAGUUUUUUUAUUAAGUUAAACAUUAUUUGUAUAAAACAUAAAUAA